AUGGAAUUAAAUGACUCUCAACCAAGUACUGAGGACAAUUUUAUCUAUACUGUGAUAAAGUGCAACAGUCGAUUCUAUUGCGUGCAACUGUCUGUUCACAUCGGUGCAAUCGGUGGUUUAGUCAUUACUACUGAUAUGAAUGCAAACGCCGGUUACACAACAACUUUUAAUACACCGGGUGGAACAAAACAUUGGAUACCACAAUGUGACGAAUCGAUUAAACCGACGAACUUCUACAAGACUUAUGCUCUUACCGUUGGAUUUGACGUGAGGCAUAGCACGUUGGCGAAAGCACGUGACAAGACGGUAAUGUAA